GUUUUUCGCCACCUUUCGAUUCUGCUCACUUAUUUAUUUAUUUAUAAUCAAAAUCAAAUAUUCAACGAAAACAGCUGAUAACGUGUUGGAGUUGGUAUUGGAAUUGGGAGCAAAGUGCUCAUCUGUAAUUCAAUUUUUUUUUGUGGAUAAAUCCAAGGUACAAAUUAAAUUUCUGGAAGACAAAGUUAAGGUUAAAAAGUUAAUAUAAUAAAAAGUUAAUAUAGAUGUAAAAAGAUACAAAAGACUGAAAUAAUGGCCUUAAAAUUAAAGACUUCCAACAAUCUGGCAAAACAAGUUCAUAUUUUGAUAAGGAAUUAUUCUAAAAUUACAACUCAUUAUACAAUACAUCCAAGGGAAAAAGAUCCAAGAUGGAAAGAAGUAAACAUGGAACGUUUUACCGACGAAACAGACAUCUUGAUUGUAGGAGGUGGUCCUGCUGGCAUGAGUGCCGCUAUUCGGGCCAAACAACUCGCUGAAAAAGAUGGUAAGGAACUUAGGGUAUGUUUAGUUGAAAAAGCCUCUCAAGUAGGUGGGCAUAUACUGUCUGGAGCAGUUAUACAGCCUACAGCUUUAGAUGAAUUGAUACCAGAUUGGAAAGAAAAGGGAGCACCACUUAACACUCCCGUUACUGAAGAUAAAUUUGGUUUUUUGACAGCUACGGGUAGAUUUAACAUUCCUGUUUUUAAAGGUCUUCCAAUGGACAACCAUGGUAACUACAUAGUCAGAUUAGGUCAUGUUGUCAGUUGGUUGGGAGAACAAGCGGAAGCGUUAGGUGUUGAAACGUAUCCAGGGUAUGCAGCUUCUGAGAUUCUAUACCAUCCCGACGGUAGUGUAAAAGGAAUCGCCACUAACGAUGUUGGUAUCGCCAAAGAUGGAAGUCCCAAAGAUACCUUUGAAAGAGGGAUGGAGUUACAUGCUAAAUGUACUAUUUUUGCGGAGGGAUGCCAUGGGCAUCUGUCGAAACAAAUUAUUAAGAAUUUUAAUCUUAGGAAAAAUGCUGACGUACAAACAUAUGGGAUUGGAUUAAAGGAAGUGUGGGAAAUAGAUCCCGCUCAACACAAUCCAGGACGAGUAGAACACACCUUCGGUUGGCCGCUAGAUAUUCACACCUAUGGAGGUUCUUUCCUCUAUCACUUAAACGAACCAACUCCUCUCGUUGCCGUAGGGUUUGUAAUAGGUCUUGACUACUCGAAUCCGUAUUUGAGUCCUUUUAGGGAAUUCCAAAGGUUCAAACAUCAUCCUUCAGUUAAACAUUACUUUGAAGGAGGUAACAGGAUCGCUUAUGGUGCUCGUGCUUUGGUAGAAGGAGGAUUCCAGAGUGUACCCAAGCUUAGUUUUCCUGGUGGCUGCUUGGUUGGGGACUCUGCAGGUUUUAUCAAUGUUCCCAAGGUAAAAGGCACUCACAAUGCCAUGAAAAGUGGCAUGUUGGCAGCAGAAAGUGUAUACGAAGCUAUAAACGGAGAAAAACAAGAAACUGAAGGUUACGAACCAAGGACAUACGAAGAAAAUUUGAAGAACAGUUGGAUAUGGAAAGAAUUGAAAGCAGUUAGAAAUAUUAGACCCAGUUUCCAUAAUCCGUUAGGCUUGUACGGUGGUUUAGUACAUAGUGGAAUUUCCAUUGCAUUAGGAGGCAGGGAACCCUGGACUCUGAAACAUGGAGAUCCUGACAACAAAAGACUGAAACCAGCAAAAGAAUGUAAACCUAUCGAAUAUCCAAAACCUGACGGCAAAAUCAGUUUUGAUCUCCUCACCUCCGUUGCUUUAACGGGCACCAAUCACGAGGGUGACCAACCUGCUCAUCUUACAUUGUUAAAUGACGAUGUCCCAGUAAAUGUAAACUUGAACACUUAUGAUGGACCGGAAGGAAGAUUUUGUCCUGCGGGUGUUUACGAGUACGUACCACUGGAGUCCGGCGAUGGAAUGAGACUCCAAAUCAAUGCUCAAAAUUGCAUCCAUUGCAAGACUUGUGAUAUCAAGGAUCCGACUCAAAAUAUUAACUGGGUUGUACCAGAAGGUGGUGGCGGACCAGCUUACAAUGGAAUGUAGUUAAUUAUCCUCAUACAUUACGCAGUCCAUGAAAAAUUGUUAUGUCAUAAUAUAUGUUCCAAGAUAACUAGUUAUGGGCAUCUAGAAGUGCUACUCAAUAUUGCGAUUGGAUGUUACAACAAAAAUUGGUAUUUUAACUUUUUUCUCUGUUUUCCCGCCAAAAUAAUAUCCCCAAUUUUAUUUAUUUUACAAUAGAUUCAGGUAACUUCUAAUCACAUUUUGGGUUAGAUUAUUUUAAUUUGUUAGAUACUCGUUAUUAGACUUUUUAAGUGCAACAAAGUGUAUAUUGGUGUAAUUGAUACUUAAUUUAUUGCAAAUCUGCAACCCUUAGUAAACAUAUCUAUAUACAGAGUUGCGAUAAAGUAUGGAACCAAGCAAAUAUCUUUGAAAUGAAAAGAACAAUAUUUAUGAAACUUUGCAUGCAAGUACAGUGACGCAAAAGGCAACUGAUGCCAUAUUUUUUGUUACUACUCCACUUCUGGUUUCACCGGAAAUACCCUUAACUUAUUUACUUUAAAUGGGACACCCUGUAUAUUUUUGCAGAUUUUAAUAGAACUGGUUAUUUUUAAUUCAUACAUACCAAGUUUGGAAGAAAAAACUAUUAAAACAAGAAAUAAAUCUCUUUACAGUUUAAAAAUAGGUUAUUUUAUUAAAGUUAUCCUGUAGUUAAGUUGUAAUCGUCGAAUUGGUGUGAUGUAUCAUAUUUAACGUGAGUGGUUCAUCACAGGGCUGAAUAUGUAGGUACAUCAUCAGAUAAUUUCAAGAUUUAUUAUUUAAUCAUUUGACUAUCUCAAGAUACUUUCGGAAGAAUUGCGACGCCUAAAAAUGUUGCUGGUUAGAGAACUCUUUUCAUCAGUCAUCAGUAUCCGGGGUUUGAAUCGGAUCAUAAAUUCGAUUCUCACAUCACUCUUUAAGUUCAUAGGCACAAAUUCCCUAUAAUAAGACUGUAUGAUAAUCUUGAGGAUUUUGCUUUAAUAUUGAAAUGGCUUACGAUGAUGAUUUAAAAGUGACUUGCUUCCAUUAAAAGAUCUAACCUAAAAUGUACUGGAACAUAGAACUAAUAGAAUAAUUUCUAAAUAAGUAGCGGACUAUAUUUUCAUACAUAUAAAUAGUGAUUCUUUAUUUGCACAUAAUAUUAUGUAAAUAUUUUUUAUUAGACUUUUUAUAUCCUUAAAUAAAUUGGAAUGUUAUUAAAUAAAUAUAUUUACAAUA